UUAGAUAGUUAUAUUCUUGAUAUGGGUAGAUAAUCUUAACAAGGCAAAAAUGAUUAUAAAAUUAUCUGCUGAAUGAAUAUAAAUUUUUGAGGCAAUUGAAUUAUGAAUAUAUAGAGAUGUAAUAAGAAAAAAUCAUUGAAAAUGUCUAUUAGAAAUAAUGAUGAAAAGGUUUUAAAGUAAAGAAAAAGAUUAAGUAGAGAAGGAGAAAUAGGUUUGUAUUUAGAAAAUUAGUGAU